AUGGCUGAGAUUAUCGAAAAUGAAGAGCUGAUGACAAGAUUGUCCUCAUCGCAUGAGAAUGAUUUGCCAUCCUAUGAGGAGAGCGUUGUUCCAACACCAUUAAUGAGAUUGAAUUCCUGCCGACUCAGUGCAACCUCGAUGGCGUUGGCAUCAAUAAGCCAAGGUCACGACAUUCAGUAUCAGAUUGCUAGCAAAGGCGGCUGGCAAUUGCUCAACAGCAGAUCCUCCUCGGAGCUGAUCAUUCAACACAAGAAGCCCUUCUGCGUCGGCACCAUGGAGUUUGACAAUAGUUCUUCAUUUCCUUGGUUUCCACGCGCCAACGUGACGGUUGACAUCCCCGGGUAUGGAACCAAAAAAGUCCAGAUGAAGAGCCAAAAUUUCAUCGAUUGGGAGUUCAAGUGGUCCGAUAGUGUCAGCGAUCCUACACUCCAGUGGACAGUGCAAAGCUGCCCAAUAACGCUUGCAACGCUUGCUUUAUUGGACAAAUCGAGAGGCUUGUGCCUUGCAAGGUUCAUCUACAGCAGCCGGGGUAUGAAGGCAGAGAAGGGGCUGUCGAUCGGGAACCUGGACAUAUUUGCCGUGGAAGCCUACGGAUUAACGAUGGAAGCCAUCAUUUGUAGUUGCAGCAUUGCUCUCAAGUAUUGGCAGAACAUAGGGCGCGACUACCGCAACCCCGAUGUUGCAUAA